ACUGUGAAGGAAAGCAAGCUAUAGCAAGCGAGGGAAGGUGUGUUUCAAGCCAAAUAUUAAUGGCAAAGUGUAUGGUGGCAGAUACACAUUGAAGAAGUGCAAUAAAAGGUGGAUUGUUUCAGUUGGGUAGGUCUGAGUUUUUAUAAUGCUUUUUCAUUAUGUUUCAACUUUGAAGCCAGCCAAGUCACUCUCUUUCUCUUCUUCCUCACAAAUAUUUUCUCCUUGGUUCAAGGUUUUUUGUGCAAUCCCACACAACACCAGAAAUCUUUAAACUGCAUGCGUGGUAGUGCUUCAUCGUGCACCAUCAGUAUAUGAAUCAAAUGCAGGCAAUCAUGAUCUUGAUGCUGAAGGUUCAACAGGCUCUCUGAGCCACAGCUUAAUUGAUCUCACCCACUUCCCUCCUUGCCAUUAAUAUUAUUAAAUAUAGAGAGAGAGGCUUCCUAUUCUUUUCUUCCCCUUAACAAGUCGUUUUCCAACUUUCUUUUAUUGUUUGUGUUAGUGUUUGGGCUUGGAAAUGCCCAUGAAAGUCAAAUUUUCUUUGUGCUGUUUGCUUUGGUAGUAAUGGUUUCCUAGCUUUAUGUUAUUGUCUCACCCAUUUUCUUUCUUGGAGCUGAAAGAAAUAUGGGUAUUGUUGGGAGAAAGAUAAGGUGCUUAUGUUCCACUCCUCAUUACCAUCAUCUUCUCCUUCUGACUUUCUUUGUCACCGUACUUCUACAAAGGACUGUGGUUGAAUCCACUACGCUGAAUUACACGAGCUAUAGGCAAAUCAGUAGCUUGAGACUUGAAAGGAUUAGUAGGCACUUGGACAAGAUCAACAAGCCUCCUGUUCUCACCAUAGAGAGUCCGGAUGGAGAUCUUGUAGAUUGUGUUCACAAAAGAAAACAACUAGCUUUAGAUCACCCCCUUUUAAAGAAUCACAAGAUUCAGAAAGAGCCAACGGAGAUGCCAAGAGGGAUGAAUGUGAAGAGAGAUGAGAAUGAUGGUACUAGUAGAAAUGAUAUGGAAGGAAAACAAGGAAGAGUAAGAGAGGAGGCAUGGCAAAUGUGGCACCUAAAUGGGACACGGUGUCCCAAGGGAACGGUUCCCAUAAGGCGAAGCACAAUGCAUGAUGUGUUGAGAGCAAAGUCUUUGUAUGACUUUGGGAAGAAACGCUCCCCAGUUUCCCUCUCUACCCGCAACGAUGCCCCCGAUGUUCUCAGCGCCAAUGGCCAUGAGCACGCGAUCGCAUAUACGGGAUCGUCGGAAGAGAUGUACGGGGCAAAGGCAACAAUAAACGUGUGGGAUCCAUCUAUUCAAGUGAUCAACGAGUUUAGCCUCUCACAAAUUUGGAUCCUUUCAGGAUCCUUCGAUGGCACUGAUCUUAAUAGCAUCGAAGCUGGAUGGCAGGUCAGUCCGGAGCUCUAUGGUGACAGCAGACCCAGAUUGUUCACUUAUUGGACGAGUGACUCAUAUCGAGCAACGGGAUGCUACAACCUUCUUUGUGCUGGUUUUAUUCAAACGAAUAGCAGGAUAGCCAUUGGAGCUGCCAUUUCUCCAGUCUCUUCCUAUGCUGGCAACCAAUAUGACAUCACAAUCCUCAUUUGGAAGGAUCCAAAAGUGGGGAACUGGUGGAUGAGUUUUGGCGAGAACACAUUGGUAGGGUAUUGGCCGGCAGAGAUAUUCACACACUUAGCGGAGCAUGCGACUAUGGUGGAGUGGGGUGGAGAAGUGGUGAACUCAAGGACCAACGGCCAACACACCUUUACCCAAAUGGGUUCUGGACACUUUGCUGAGGAUGGCUUUGGAAAAGCAAGCUACUUCCGGAACCUUGAGAUCGUGGACAUGGAUAACAGUCUUAGCUCUGCUCAAAGCAUCUCAACCUUAGCCGAAAACACAAACUGUUACGACAUCAAGAGCUCUUAUAGCAACGAAUGGGGCACAUACUUCUACUAUGGUGGGCCUGGGAACAAUCCACAGUGCCCAUGA